AUGGGUCUAAACCCUGCUGCUCAGGGCUCUAAGUUGGCUGGUGACUGGGAAAUUCUUGAAGUUUAUAUUAAACGGUACAAAGACAUACACGCUAGACUACCAUUUACUGUUGCUUCAACUCUUCUUCAAGCAGAUUCUUGUAUCGAAUUGCCUCUCUGGCUUGUUCAAAUGUUCAAGGAUGGUCAGAAGGAAAAAGCUUUGGGAAUGGGUGGGCAAGAAGCAAGUACUGCUUCCUUGUUUCAGUUAUAUGUUGAUUAUGGGCGUCUUACAGAGGCCACUAAUUUGCUAUUGGAGUACAUGGAAUCAUUUGCAUCAUCGAAACCAGCAGAGGUAUUGAAAAGGAAAAAGGUAUCAGGAGUUUGGUUUCCUUACACGACAGUGGAAAGACUAUGGUGGGAGCUAGAGAAGACGAUGAACUCAGGACGAAUGUUGGAGCAGUGCCAGAAGCUGAAGGAACAACUCCAUCAAGCAUUACUCAAUCACUUAAAGCUGCUGAAAGUGGACUCAGAUGAUGCUGUAUCCUCUGCAACCGGUUGA